UGCAGCAAGCCGUCACUUGCUGACGGGAGCCGGAGAGGUGCGGGUCUGCGGGCGGGCAGGAUGGCGCGUGCGGAGAGCUUCAAGACGGUGCUGAUCUUGCUGGUCGCGCUGGUCGGCCUUGCCUGUGUGGAAGCCACCCAAAGAUCCCCCAAGGUGCAGGUCUACACCCGCUACCCCCUGGGAAGCAAGGAGUCGAACUUCCUGAACUGCUACGUGGAGGGCUUCCACCCCCCGAAGAUCGACAUCAAGCUUCUGAAGAACGGGAAGGAGAUGGACGGCGUAAUAGUCGGUGACCUGUCCUUCAGCAACGACUGGACUUUCCAGCGUCUCGUCUAUGCUCCAUUCGCCCCCAAUCCAAAUGACGUCUACUCCUGCAGAGUGAACCAUGACUCUUUGGAACAGCCCAAAGAUGUCAAGUGGGACCCAGAUAACUGAACCGUCUUCCUCAGCCAAAGAUGGUCUUGAAGUUGUGCCUUGCUUUGCACUCUGAAAUUGGCUUCAGCCCUAACCUGCAGUCCUGUCACCUUGCACCCAACUACUUGAUAUUUAAAAUGAAUGCAUAUAGCUUUGUAGUUAAUACUGAAUUAUUGUUUCUGAAGUGGGAGGGGGGUGAGGGUCUUCUUGAAGUGAAAAUUCGCUGGCAUAAACUCUGAUCUGGCACUUAGUUGUCUAGAGCUAAGAAUUUGGGCCUUUUGCCCAAAUUCACUGAGCUCUCUGAAGAGAGAGAGAAGCACUUGGUUACUAACAUAAGUGCAUUGUAGACAUUAGAUACCUUAGUUAGGUUAAAGAACACCUGCAAAUACAAUACAGGCUUCUUGCUACUUUAAAUGAUCAGUUACUUUAAAGUAAAUCUUGAGAUCAAGAUCAAAAUCCCUGGAUUUUAUUUGCAAUUUAUCCAUUCUGUGCCUAAGGCAUAACAGCAGAACUUAUGUUGCAGACUUGAAAGUUGUACUGUCCUGAAUCUACUUACCUGCAUUGGGGAUGGGGUAGGUGUAUGCUUAAUUGCAGCACAUUUUGUCUUGUACAUUUUAAUAAAAUAUUGUGAAAUAUGUUA